AUGGACGUGAGGAGCGUGAUCGGCGCGUGCAUGCCCCUCUUCCUCCUCGCGGUGCUUUUUGACAUCGUCGGGAUUAUUUUACUCUUUUUGGGAAUAUUCGCCAAUUUACGCCUCGACGGACGCUUCUACGGAGACUUCCUGAUCUACACCGGGUCAAUCAUUCUGUUUUUCAGCAUUGGAUUAUGGUUAUUGUGGUAUUUGGGGAACGUCCCGCCACCGUACGACCCGUUAACGGCGUCGGUGAGGAAGAGGAGCAGCUUUGUGGAGCUCGCGCGUAAAAUCUCUCAGCGCCUGAGCGAAAAACUGAAGACCGAGGUGAUGGGUAAGAGCGUGACCGAGGACGAGACGAGUCCCCCGGGCACGCCGAACCUCAAACCGGGGAGAGUCACGUGGGGCAAAUCAACGGCGUACGUCAAUAAAGGGUACGAGCAGGACGGGGACGAGGAAGAGGAGGAGUGCGAGGAUGUUAAGUGCCGUGAACAGACCGUGGACGCGCCGCUGGAGGACGGCGAGUGCGUAAAAGGAGAAGAGCGCGGAGAAAACACGUGCGCACCAGAGGAACACGAGGACACGAAGGAGGACAUCACCGGGGACGACGGCGCGGAUACGGCUCAGACAUUUUGAGCCAAGACAAACCGGUACAAAGCUGCACAAAGCUGUGUAAAUAGUGGCGCGUAACAUGAGCCUUCGCCGGGACUGAAAAACUAUCCACGGCCACAUGAAUGCAGGGCUGACUCUGCACAUUUGCACUUUACGUAAACACGGAUUUGGAAAAGUAAAGAAGUUUGUUUGCGCCUUUUUACGCAAUCCAAAAUGUCAAUAUGUAGAUAGAAGAAAAAGACGACUGUAAUUUUGCUGUAAAGAAUGUUUUUUAUAUGAGUUUAUGAGGCUAAAGUUUCUACAGUAGACAUCCAUGCACCCGUGUGUCCAGACGCAACUCAGGAGAAAUGUCAGGCCCAAGAGCACAAAAACAGAACGAUACGCAGGUCAGAGGGACGAAACCAUCAACCAGCAAGAUACUGUUUAGAAUAUAAGCUACUACUACUAUUACUACUACUACUACUACUUCUACUGGUACCUACAAGUAAUGGUUCUGUUACUACAAAGAAUAAUAAAUUACAUAACUCAGUAUACUACUCCAGUUUAUAUUACUACAAAUAACUAUAACUAUACCUUCACUGCUACUAUGACUACUACUACUACUGCUACUACUACUACUACUACUACUACUACUGUUACUACUACUACUACUAAUCCUACUGUUACUACAAGAAAUAACAAAUUACUACAGUUUAUGUUUCGUACUAAUAGAGAAAACUAUGACUGUACCCUUUACUACUACUAGAACUCCCACUACCACUACUACUACUACAACUACUGGUACCUACUACUAAUGGUACUGUUACUACAAAGAAUAAUAAAUUACUAUAGUUUAUAUUGCUACAAAUAAUUAUAACUAUACAUUCACUGUUACUAGGACUACUACUACUACUACUACUACUGUUACUGCAAGGAAUAACAAAUUACUACAGUUUAUACUUUAUACUACCAUAAAGAACCAUGACUGUAUCCUUUGCCACUACUAGAACUACCACUACUACUACUACUGCUACUACUACUACUACUACUACUACUACUACUACUACUACUAAUAAUAAUAAUAAUAAUAAUAAUAAUAAUAAUAAUAAUAAUAAUAAUGGUAUUGUUACUACAAAUAAUAAUACAUUAUUGCAGUUUAUACUACUACAAAUAACUAUAAUUAUACCCUUUACCACUACUAGAGCUAUGACUAUACUACUACCAGUACUACUACCACCACCACUACUACUACUGUUACUACUACUAAUGGUAUUGUUACUAUAAAUAAUAAUACAUUAUUGCAGUUUAUACUACAGUGAAGUACAACUACAGCAACAAAAACAACUACUAAAGCUACUACUGUGUACUACUGUGUACUACUACAAAAUGUACUGUAAUUUUUUACACAUUUUCUGCCUUUAAAAACUCGUACUUGUGUAGUUCUGAGCAGAGUGUGGAGUUUGUAUCUGCUGCUCAUCUCUGAAGGGCCGGGCCAUUUAAAGCACUUUGUAUAAAAUGAAACAAUUAAAUAUUAUUAUUGUAAC